CACCCAAAAUUUUUCUCAGGAUGUGCGGCAUCUUGAGAAAAGUCGGAAUUGCAGUUUUGUAUUGUGUUACAGAAACUGCCUAUUCACCAUGAUGCUUGACAUGUUUACAUGGAUGUUGUACCUUGCUCUCUAUAUUUUUCUGCUCAUGGAGAACUACUUGCCAGUUGUGAUGCUCCUUUUGAGACCAGGCAAUGGUAUGAAAAUUGCUUUGUUAUUUUUUUAUGUCUAUUGCACGAUAACAUCAGAGGCAGUGAACCUCAUUCAGAAUGUAUAUUCAGUUUUGCUCACCUGUCCUGGGCUGCUGCCUCAGAGGCCUUGUUAAUAAUCACACCCAGCCAGUGAGGGAGGAGUAGAGAGAAUGAUUUCUUCCAGCCUUUCAGUCCCGACACAGCAGUUUUUGAGAAUAUUGAGUUUUUUUCUGGAUGUCAAGAAUGGCAUAAUCUUCUUGUUAGUUUUGCCUUGUCUUCUCUGUACGGCCUUCCAUGUGUACACCAUGCUUGGGGUCAGGACUAAGCUUGGUGUGGUCCAACAUAUUCAGGAGGAGAAGAAAAGAAGUAAAUCAGCACUGUAUCCACAUAAACUGUCACUGAGCCAGGACAGCCUAAGUCAGUAGCAGUUGCCCCUGCUCAGACAAAAAAAGAAAAAAAGAGUAAAUCAGUCCACAUAGUGACUGAUGAGGAGAUAGCAGGACCUUUGCACCCAGUGGAAGAGGUAGAGCUGGAGAUCAUCACUUGGUCUUUAUCCCUGGGUGAGCUGCAGAGGGACUUCACCUGCCAGGUAAACGAGUCCAUUCUGGCCUGACUGCUCGGCAUCUGGGACACUGCAGCUAAUGACACCAUUCUGAAAAUGUGUGAGGUUGGACAACUGGGAUCGCUGUCCCAGGAUUUGGUCAUUGACCAGCGAAUCAGGGAAACCCAGGAAACUCUCAGCCUCUGGUAGUGGCUACUGGCAAGUAUAAGGGAUAGAUACCUUUGUAAAGAGGAUGUCCAUGUGCAGCAAGGAAUGUAGAGCACAAUGGAACAAGGUAUCCAAUGCCAAAGGGAAUUGGCUGUGCUGGAAAUCAUUUUUUUGGAAGAUGAAAGAUUCCCUAAGAGGCCAGACAGUGUCCAGUGCACAUCACAAAUAUGGUUGAAAUUCGGAUGGCUUGGACCAGAAAUAUACCCCCACAACUUAGCAACACUGCAGUGGAAGGAAGGAAAGGACAAGGGGUGUACAUUGGUCAACAAGCUAAGAUUUUACAAGGACACUGUCACUGCCCGGUUAUGCACCCACAUCUCAUCUGUGGAAACAAAGCUGGCUGAGCAUGUCCAGAGCUUGGAAGAGAAAAUUGAAGAGGGCCACCAGAAACUGAGAAAAGAGCUUAAGGAAGGAAUUUACCACAUCUUGCCAGAACCAAGAAGAGUCUCUGCCAUUAGGACCAGGUGUCCCCCAGCCAAGGAGAGAGGAUACACUUCAUGAGGUAACCUCUGGUUUUUCCUUCAGGAGCAUGGAGAAGACAUAAAGACAUGGGAUGGAAAACCUACCUCUUCCCUAGCCACCUGAGUACAUGAACUGAAAGGAGGAACAACUACCGCAAGAACCUUAUCUAGGGUCAACACUGCUCCGGUCUCUUGUAGACAAGACUUCAGGUGGUAAAGGAAUGAUAUGACCCUCUUGAAGGGGUCUCAAGGUCAUAUUUACAGGAAGAGAGCAAUGUGUACCAUGACUGGGAUUAGAGCAGGCCUGCCUCUAGCCAGGUAGAGGAAAGGGACAAUUGGAUCUAUUGGAUUGUGUGGAUCUGAUGACCUGGCAUCUCUGAACCACAAAGGUUUAUGCCUUUGGUUGACAUCGGCACUCAGUGUACCCUGAUGUCAUUAACGUAUGUGGGCAUGGAAUCCGUUUCCAUUUCUGAGGUGAUGGGGAUCCCAGCAUCUGACUGUUAUUGGAUGCUGAAGUGAGCUUGGCUGGGAAGGAGUGGCAAAAACACUCCAUCAUGACUGGUCCAGAGGUCCUGUGCAUCCUCAGCAUAGACUAUCUCAAAACCCAAAAGGACAUUGCUGGGCUUUUAGGAUAGCUGCUCUAGAGACAGAGGAAAUCAGACAACUGAAUACCCUGCCUGGUCUCUCAGACAACCCCUCUGCUGUGGCACUGCUAAGAGUUGAAGAACAGCAGUUACUAAUUGCCACAGCAAUAGUGCACGGUCAGCAAUACCACACUGACCAAGACUGUGAUUCCCAUCCAUAAGAUGAUUUAGGAACUGGAGAGCCAAGGGGUGGUCAGCAAGGCUCAUUCACCCUUUAACAGCCCUAUAUCGCUCGUGCAUAAAUCCAGUGGAGAAUAGAGUCUGACAGUGGAUUACCGUGGCCUGAAUUAAAUCAUGCCACCACUGAGUGCUUCUGUGCUGAACAUGCUGGAGCUUCAGUAUGAACUGGAGUCCAAGGCAGCAAAGUGGCAUGAGACCAUUGACAUUGAUUUUUUCUGUUCAUUUGGCAGCAGAGUGCAAGCCCUAGUUUUCCUUCACCUGGAGGGGUGUGCAAUAUACUUAGAAUUGACUGCCCCAGGGGUGGCAGCAGAUUCCAUCAUUUGCCAUGGUCUUAUCGAGACUGCACUGGAAAAGGGUAAGGCUCCAGAACAUCUGCAGUACAUCGAUGACACCAUCAUAUGGGGGAACACAGCCGGGAAAGUCUUUGAGAAAGGAGAGAAGAUGAUCCAGAUUAUCCUGAAAGCUUGCCAUUAAAUGAAGUAAGGUUAAGGGACCCGCUCAAGAAAUUCAAUUUCUAGGAGUAAAGUGGCAAGAUGGAUACUGCCAGAUUUCAAGAGAAGUGAUUAACAAAAACAGCUAUGUUUCCAGCAACCAACAAGAAAGAAACACAGGCCUUCCUAGGUGCUGUUGGCUUUUAGAGGAUGCAUAUCCCAGAGUACAGUACAAUUGUAAACCCCCUCAAACUCAUGGCACAAAAGAAAAAAUAUUUCGAAUAGGGCCCUGAACAACAAGUUGUUGAACAAAUUAAACAGGAGAUUGCCCUUGCAUUAGCCCUUUGGCCAGUCAGGACAGGGAAGGAUAUAAAAAUGUGCUCUACACUGCAGCCGGGGAGAAUGGUCCUUCCUGGAGCCUCUGGCAGAGACCUGGGGAGACCUGAGGAUGACCGCUGGGGUUCUGGAGCUGAGGAUACAAAGGAUCUGAGACCACCUAUACCCCAGCUGAGAAAGAGAUUAUUGCAGCCUACAAAGGAGUUCAAGCUGCCUCAGAAGUGAUUGGCACCAAAGCACAGCUGCUUCUGUUACCCUGACUACUAGUGCUGGGCUGGUGGUUCAAAGGGAACGUUCCUUCUACACAUCAUGCCACUGAUGCCAUGUGGAGAAACUGGAUUGCACUGAUCACACAGCAAGCCUAGAUAGGAAAUCCUAAUCACCCUGGGAUUCUGGAAAUCAUAACAAACUGGCCUGAACGUGAGAAUUUUGGACUAUCUUCUGAAGAAGAAGAGGAGCAGGUGACAUGUGCUGAGGAGGCCCCACCAUACAACCAACUACCAGAGAAUGAAAAGUGAUAGCACCCUCUUUACCAGCGGUUCCUGCUGAAUUGUAGGGAAAAAAUGGAAAUGGAAAGCUGCUCUAAGGACCCCCACACAGAAAGCUGUAGAAGUUGCUGUGGGACAAGGCAGAUCAAGUCAACUUUCAGAGGUUAAAGCUGUCCAGCUGGCUUUAGAUAUUGCUGAAAGAGAGAAGUGGCCGAGGCUCUAUCUCUACACUGACUCCUGGAUGGUAGCUAAUGCUCUGUGGGGAUGGCUGGAUUGGUAGAGAAAGGCCAUCUGGCAGUGCCCAGGGAAACCCAUCUGCGCUGCUGAGAUCUGGCAAGACAUUGCUGCCCAGGUAGAAAAGCUGACUGUGAAGGUCCAUCACAUUGAUGUACGUGUACCCAAAAGUGAGGCUAAUGCAGUAACAACAAGCAGGUGGAUUGAGCUGCCAGGGUUAAACUAUCUCAGAUGGAUCUGGACUGGUAGCAGAAAGGACAAUUACUUCUAACUUGUUAGGCCAUCAAUGCCCCCAGUCAUCAGCGAAGAGAUGGGACUUACUGAUGGGCCUGUGACUGAGGGGUGGACUUAAACAUGGACAAUAUCUCACAGGUCAUCCAUGACUGUGAGACGUGUGCUGCAAUCAAGCAGGCCAAGUGGAUGAAGCCUCUAUGGUAUGGUGGACAGUGGUCAAAAUGUUAGCCUGGCAAAUUGACUACAUCACCCUUCCCCAAACCUCUCAAGGCAAGUGCUUUGUGCUGACCAUGGUAGCAGCAACUACUAGAUGUCUGGAGACCUACCCUGUGCCUCAGGCCACUGCCUGGAACACCAUCUUGGGCCUGGAAAAGCUAGUCCUGUGGAGACAUGGCACCCCUGAAAGAACUGAGUCCAACAAUGGGACUUAUUUCAAGAACAACAUUAUAAAUCCCUGGCCUAGGGAACAUGGCAUUGAGUGGCUGUGCCAUUAUCAUUAUCAUGAACCAGCUGCUGGGAAAGUUGAACGGUGCAGUGGACUGCUAAAAUCAUCCUGAAGGCAUUGGGAACACUUAGUCAGUCUGGAUGAGCCAGCCUUGGAAGCUGGACAAGAAGCUCUGCUUAGACAAGAGCAAGCAAAAAUCAUUCGUUUUGAAAGGCAAGCGGAAGAGUUCCUCAAUGCAGUCUUUUACAGAAAAGACAGUCCUAGGGUCUCUGACCCCAAUAUUCCCCUAGUGGCCCGUGAGAUCAUGCAGCGAAUGAUCCGACAGUUUGCUGCUGAAUAUACCUCAAAAAAUAGCUCUACUCAGGACUCCAGCCAGCCCAAUAGCACAAAGAACCAAAGCCUGCUGAAAGCAUCUCUGGUCGCCUCCUCUCCCACGGCUGCAACUGCUCAGAACCCUGUGCUCAGCAAACUGCUCAUGGCUGACCAAGACUCACCUCUGGACCUUACUGUCAGAAAGUCUCAGUCAGAACCUAGUGAACAAGACGGUGUGCUUGAUUUAUCCACUAAGAAGAGUCCUUGUGCUGGCAGCACCUCUCUGAGUCACUCUCCAGGGUGCUCCAGUACUUCGGGAAAUGGGCGACCUGGGAGACCCAGCCAGCACCAUCCGGAGGGACUACAGAGUGGUGAUGGGGUACCUCCGAGAAGCUUGCAGGAUGGAACCAGGGAAGGUUAUGGCCACUCCACAUCUCUUAAAGUACCGCUGGCUCGAUCACUCCAGAUUAGUGAAGAACUGCUGAGCAGAAACCAGUUUUCUACAGCUGCCAGCCAUGGGCCAUCUGGACUACAGAAUCAUGGACAGCACUUAAUAUUAUCCAGGGAGGCUUCUUGGGCAAAACCACACUACGAAUUCAAUUUCAGCCGCAUGAAAUUCAGGGGAAAUGGUGCACUCAGCAACAUCAGUGACCUUCCUUUUCUUACAGAAAACUCUGCCUUUCAAAAAAUGGCACUUCAAACUAAACAGGAUGGGAAAAAGGACGUGAGCCAUUCAUCUCCUGUGGAUUUAAAGAUACCACAAGUUCGAGGCAUGGACCUUUCAUGGGAGUCCCGCACUGGUGACCAGUACAGCUAUAGCUCUUUGGUAAUGGGUUCACAAACGGAGAGCGCGCUUAGCAAAAAGUUAAGGGCUAUCCUUCCAAAACAAAAUAGGAGAAGUUUGCUGGAUGCUGGACCAGAUUCCUGGGGCUCAGAUGCUGAGCAGUCUACCUCUGGACAGCCAUAUCCCACCUCAGAUCAAGAGGGAGAUCCUGGCUCCAAGCAACCUAGGAAGAAAAGAGGGAGAUACAGACAGUACAACAGCGAGAUACUGGAGGAAGCAAUCUCUGUGGUUAUGAGCGGGAAAAUGAGUGUUUCCAAAGCUCAGAGUAUUUAUGGGAUCCCCCACAGUACACUGGAGUACAAAGUUAAAGAGAGGCUGGGCACUUUGAAAAACCCUCCAAAGAAAAAAAUGAAAUUAAUGAGGUCGGAGGGGCAGGAUGUUUCAGUAAAGAUUGAAUUAGAUCCCCAGGGAGAAGCAGCACAAAGUGCGAAUGAAUUGAAGGAUGAAUAGGGAUGUUGUAGAGUGCCAAUUACUUUGCAAACUGGGUGAGCACUACUGCAUAGUUCAACCAUCACUGAGCGCACCUGAGUCUCCUGUUUACUGCAGUGCUCUUUCCUUUGCAGUUUAGCAUAGACUUACGUGAACACAGGUGAAAGAUGUGCUCUGAAUGUCACAUUUGUAAAUUUUUCCAGCCUGGUAUGGUGCAGUUUCCCUCCUUCACCUGCCCACUGCCCUCUUUCUUUGUUCUUUUUCUUUUGCCUUUUGCAUGUUUCUCUGUAAUAGAGAAUUGAGUUACCUCACAAAGAAUGCAGAUCUGUAGAAGUGGACAUCUUGCUUGUAGAGCCUGCCUGAACUUCUGAUGUUGGAUUUUUCAUAUCUGCCUUUAUAGAAAUAAGUCCACUUUUUUAAACUGACACUCUCCUAAAACCAGGCAAUUUUCAAAUGAAAACCAGACUGUCAUUCUUCAAAAACGUUUCAGAAAUCUUUUUUCCCCCCUAAUUUUUGUUGAUCCAGUUGAUGGAAAGAUUUGAGCUAAAUCAAAUUAUUUAGGAAUGGUACCUCUCUUGAACUCAGAUUUGUCACCUAGAUAGAUAAUCAAUUGGGUCUAAUUAGGCUCUCCACUGUUUUCUUUCUAAAUUAACCUUACUUACCAUUUGUUGUCUGCUUAGUGCUCACCCGGAGGGGAGGGGAGGGAAAACUUACAUACACUACCUUCAGAUAAUGUCAGUUAAUUAUUUAUAACACUACCUUUGCUGUAAUUUUAUUUGGUGUUUUUGAAGGGUGAUAUUUAGAUUCACCUGCUUGAGGAUGUAGCCUUAUCUCACGGAAGACAAGCUUCUCACGGUCAGGAGCAGCCAGGGUACACUAAAUGAUGUAUUAGGGUAUGCCUCAUUAUACCAGAACUAUGGUUCUUUGUGACCUUUACACUUUUUACAGACUUGAUUCUUAGUUUACUAAACUAUGUGGUCCCAACAGCUAGUUUAAAUGACUCUAAUCCAGGGAUGGGGGAUUUGUGUAACAAACUACUGUGAUACUUAAAAAAAAAAAAAAAAAAAGGAAAAAAAAUAGCCCACAAAAUGGUGAUCUCAAACGUUACAACCUCAGUAGUCUGCCCAAAUAUCCACAUUAGUGAAGGAGCUUGUUAAUGUUCAGGGAAGAAGUAAAACACUGGUAGCCUGAUCUAAUUCAGGCUCUGCAUCAUAUCUAUCUGUAAUACUGUCAGGGUUGAACACUCAGUGAAUGGGUGUUUCCUUUUUAAAUAUUACAGUUGCCAGUAGCAGGAAUUUAUUUAAGUCCUGCUUUUUUGUUGUUGUUUUUAUUUAAUCUAUUUUGAUAGUGGUUUAGCACAUGCUAGAAUAAGCAUUUAAACACCAUAAAAAAAAAAAAAAAGCACUCCAUAAACCACAAAUCUGGGGGUUUUUUCAAUAUUGUGAUAUCUUUAUGAUUACAUGGAGAUCCAGGCUAAGUUUUGUACUGAACUUUUAUCUUUGAUACUUUCUGCGAGAGUGGUCAGUAACUAAGUGGAGUUUACUGGAUUUACCACAACAUGACCAAAUCGUAAUUGCUGGUUCUUCAGGUAGAAGCAAUUUGGUCUUAAUCUGUGCAAAAGGUAGAUAGAAUUACCAUUUUUUUUAUUUCCCCAUUUGUACAACCAAAAGAAGCAUUGGAGUUUUUGUGUGAGAACAUUAAGUGAUGUCAGUGAAAGUGAUUUCUCAAAGUUCAUGGGAGGGUGGCCUAGGUAGCCCUAGGGAUGCUGAAUGACUUCUGGAACAAUUGAUUCUAUUAGCGUCUCCCCCUCCCCAGCAACUUCAUAUUUUCAAAGGUUAGGCACACCAUUGCUGUUGUUUUAAAUAUGCACUGCUCAUUCUUAAAAUGGAUUGGGCAUUUGGCCCCAAGUAUACUUUAUUUUUGUUUACUUAAUAUAUUUUAGUCCUCAAAAUCCUGGUUCCUUGUAGCUUUCUAGUUGUCAUCUUGGCAUUUAAAGCAGUUUAAGCUCAGUAGCAGUAUAUAAACUCUGCAAUACGUUCCAGUUUAGCUGGUGAUUGCAAUAAAGGCGCAGUUUAAGGUGUGGUUUCAUCUGCUGUUGGAGGUUAUGGUAGAAAGUUUGUUGCAAGUUAAAAAAAAAAGAAAAAGUAACACAGUUUUACUCUUGAGGGAGGUUUAACCUUUUGCAGUUGUCCUUAUUUAAGAAACACGAGUUGAGUUUUAUAAAACUUGUCACUGUAGUGUACGUGGAGUGCUCAUUUUACUAACAUAAAUAUUUUGUAUGUGUAUGUUUAAGUGGGUGACAAUCGUGCAGCAGAAGAAUGGUGUGCCUACCCUUUCAUGCUGCAGUUUUAAAAGAGAAUUUGUCUUGUCAUUUCAGACUGUAGGCUAAGAAUUGUAAAUAGAUAGUGAGAAGUUGAGUACUCUUUAUUUGCUUUGGUUAGAAAGUGGAUUUAAAAAAAAAAAAAACAACAACAAACCAAACACGUAACUUUCUCAGUUUAAAUGUCCUGAGACCUGAAGAUUGUAAUACUCAUAACUGCAAAGCUUUUAAACACAACACUUGAUCUGUGAUAACGUAAUAUUCAGGUAAUCUUUCUUUUUCGAGAAGCUUUUGAACAACCAUAGUUCCUCCAAAGGUCUCUGUUUAAAAAGGAAAAAAAAGAAAAAGUGUAGAUUAUUUUUUAAGCACUAAUUGCAUUACAUUGGUAACUGCAAUAUGAAAUAGCCAUUAUUGUUUUGUGAAGCAUGGUUGAGAUUAGUUAGUGGUCCCUUUUUAAAGUUUCAUGAGCCUCUCAAAAAAUAAAAACAAAUUUAAAAAAAAGCUGCUGAAUAUUCAAAAGAUAUAUAUUUUACCUUAUUGUAGGUUUUGUAAAUUUAGUCUGUAAUAUUCAGGUGCACCUUUUAAUGUUACUUUUUUGUUUCAAAGUCCCAUCUAACGUAUUUUCUCUGAGGUGAUUCAUCACUUAAGACUAGUAUCACUCUAAGUGCUGCAGUGAUCACUAAGAUUUUGUUUCCUUUUUCACUACAUAUUUUUUGCAGGCGCUUUCAGUGUAGCUAACUAGUAGUAUUUGGGAUCAUUUUAAAUAUAGGAUUGGAAUUAAUGUUUGUCCAUUAGCAUGCUUAAUUUUCUGCUGACCAGCAGUUUGCAUGGCCAAAAUCCCUGGUUGACCAUAUUUUGGUGUGGGAAGGUGUGGUUCACUGCGGUCUUUGUAACAAAAGCCUUGUUUCUCAUCUUAUUUCUGGUAAGUGGAUGCUUAUGUUACUUGGAUCACUUGGACAGGAGAAAGAUCUUUUUUUUUUUUUAAAGCCUUCUCCUGCUGCUCUUCUGAGAUCGCAUUAACGUGUAACAUAGACAAACUGCAACCCUGUAAAAAUCGAGACGUUGUUAGGAGGAGACCUUUCGGGUAUUUUUUGUCACUAGUUUUCUCUUAUUCCUGAGAAUGUCCAUCCGAUGUAGUUAUUGGACUUAACAGUAUUGUUGUGUACUACGUUGAUGUAGCUGAAAAAGCCUGACAGCAAGAAACUGUGAAUUAUAUUUGUGGCAGUCUCUGAAAACUAGUUUUUCAGUCCAAGUACCAUGAAGGAGAAUCCCCCUCCCCUACCCCGUCCUAGAAAAGUAAUUUUAUAUUUUGUGUGUAUAAAGUUUUAAGAAUCGAAGUUUCAUAUUGUACUGAAGUUUAGGUGUUGCUUGGUAAAUCUUUGCUGCAGCAUAUAAUUGAAGAUGAGUAAGGCUUAGUGUGGUAGGGGUCCUGGUGUGGAGUUAAUUAUCGUACAGUUCUGGUGAGAAAGCCCAACAUGUAUGAAAUGUGUCCUUUUCUUUUUUUUUUUUUAAUUUGGAUUUGUAAGAUGUAAAAGUGCUUUUUUAGAACUCUGACCUAUUACAAACUAUUACCUCACUUUCAGCCAGCUGGAUCCUCAUUCCACAGUGUUGUAGGCAUUAUUGUGGCUGUAAUGCUUGAGUACAGCUAUAGAGUUGAACGUUUCCAGUUAGAUAUUGUAGGGACACGUUUCUGGACUUGUUUUUAUUUCUGUCUAAAGAUAAUUUAUUUUCCAGUCAUUCCCUGAUUUUUUUUCUAAAGGUUCAAGACAGUUUCCUUUAGAAUUUCUCAUUUUUUCCCUGUUUCACAGGAGAAGUUGCUUCAUAAGCAAUACAGGUAUGCCUUUAUUUUCUCUUUUGUUGCAGAACUCAUAAUCUUGAUGCUUGCAUUACCAGCCCUACUGCUAGACCUGAAUUCAAACUCUGAUCUUUCUUGGCAAUUGGAGAAAAAAUUCUUUUUUACAAUGCAGGGGUACAGAUAGGAUAAUGCCUCUAGUAAGGGAACACGUUCAGUUUCUGUGUUCUCUCACAACUCCUGCACGACCUCUUUUAUAGAACAUUCCACUGCUGGAGGAUAUUCCUAAACACGGGAGGUAACUGCACUUGUGUUUAGACUGAGUAAGAGCAGACAAAGAAUAGUCUGUGCUUUGUCUUGUGUCAGGCCAACAUUUGCAUCUAAAUAUUUCUUCCAUGAGUACUUGGGAGUACAUUGCCUUUCCCUGGAAAUUCAUGGGAACUGGCAAAGUGAUUCAGGGGCUUUCGGGUUGAGUAAGCUUUGUGAAACAACUUUUUAGUUCUGAUUGAAUUGCUUUUUGUAUCAUCUGCAACGAUUGUUAUACAGGCAAAACUGGAAUUGCCAUGUGUUUCUUUCCAGUUUACUUUCAAGUAAUGCUCUUAAGAUGUCCUUGAGUCUUAGGAGAAGAACACAGUGUCCAAGGAGUGAAGGGAGCACUCUGCUGUUCCCUUUUUUCUCAAAAACAGUGUGUCUGCAUCUGUAAUGUAAAGACCUCUUUUCUUCAGUGAAGACAAAAUUUGAACUCUUCAGUAUAAGAAUGCAUACUCUUAUUGCAGUCCAAAAUCUUACAAAGGCAAAUUAUUAACCUUACUGAAAGAUUUGUCACAAUAUGUUAAAUAGCUUAAAUUCUCUGCCAAAUGUUAGAAGUAGGAUGGGAAGGGUUGUUUCCCUCAUUUUCAUGAGGAUCAAAAACCUUUACGUAUUCCCCACAAAUGUUUCAGAAUUUAAAUGUAAUUUCAGUCUAGUUCAAUGUUGUUUUUCUUGGCAUCAGUACAUAAUGUUGGCUAAUAUUGUUUUAGAAAGCUGUAAGAAAAUAAUUUUGAGACUUGUUUUGGUACUAUAAAGGUUUCUACUUGAUCUUGAAUUAUAUUGAAAAUUCAGUAAUUGGAACCUUCAGAAACCUGAAAAUCUGCACUGCUAGUUGUAUGCAGUUCUGAUGAAUGUAGCAGAUAAAGUAGCCACUAUAGUAACACAUUUCAGAUUAUCCAGUGUAUAAACACAGUGUGCUGUGGUGACCACUAGGCAGAGAGAUAUUACAAACUCAAAAUGAUCUGUAGGUGCACUUCAUGUAUACCAGAAAAAGCUGUUAAGUACUUGGAGCAUUCCAGUGUCCAUCUCUCUUGCUCUUUCCUGUUCUUUCUUUGACUGGGGCCAAGUCUCUAAACCAGUAUUACAGCAGCAGUUUUGGACCUCAUGUCCUACUGAAUUAUGCCUAUAUUCAGGUAUUAUCGUAAAAACCUUCGUAUUAAGGGAGCUUUAUUUAAUUCUCACAAAAAUCUCUUAGCCCAGUUGCAAAAUCAAUUUUCCUGGGUGAUGUACUAGGAAGGAGGCUUUUUUCAGCCUUUCCAGGGCAUUUAAUUUACCUUCUCAAAAACAAACAUCCCGACCUGUGCCCCUGUGCUUGCCUCUACUGAAUUGGUAAGUAUAAUUUAGGAGGACUCAAGAUGAUAACUACCUUACGGAGCAGGGAUUAGGACAAAGGCUUCAUUCUGACUGGAGCAGGAAAAGUUAACAUCAAAAACAAUUUCUCUCAUCAUCACCUAGCACAGUUUAUCUUAAUAUUUUUUCCUACUCAGAAAUAAUGAGGAUACUACUAGAGCUACUUAAACAGUUUAUCAAUUACUUGGUGCUACAUUUCUCAAAUAGUUUUGCAGAUAAUACUUUUUAUGCCUGCGUGAAAGCAUGUAAACUUCUACUGUCACUAUAAAAAGCACUUGUCUGACCUAUUCUAAAGUACCAGAAAAGGGAUAAAUAACUGCAGCACUUUUUCUGUUACAAUGCCAGAGUCUUAAUUAAAUCUGGUCUUCAGGUUAUGAGAUUUCAAAUAUACAAUCUAGGAUCAUUAACAGCUUGUCAGGUCAGAUCACAAGGUCUCUUGGGAUAUUAAUCUGUCUUUUAAAGACCAGUACAACAAAUUUUCUGGAGUUCAGGCAGGGGAUGUAUAUAUACAUGCCUGGUAUUUUUAACUGAUCAUUUCAGUAGGCCAUUUCAGGGCUUAACAUUGGGAAUCUGGGAUGAUGGGUAGGGAAGGGAAGUUUCUCAAACUGAAAAAAAUAAACAUUUUUGACCAUUGUUUAAUGUUCAGUUGAAAACUAUAUCACAAGAAUAAUGGGUAGGGAUUCUUUCUCCCUUAUGCCUUCAGGGAAUGAGUAGUAUUUAGAAUCUCUGGCUGAAAUUCAAGCCUUUUUACCAUGUAAAUUUUUAAUAUAAACUCAUUGACAUGCUUUUUACAUCUGAGGACUGAAAAUGGAUCUUAAUGUUUAAGUUGUGGAAUGGUAUAUUUCUUAAAUGAAGGGGGAACAUUUAAAAAAAAAUAGAUUAGAAUACCAGCAUUAGUGAGCUUAAGGAAUUUUAGUAUGUAAUAGCAAAGUAUAGCAAAGUAUUUGAUUAAAAAAUUAAUCUUGAAUUGCUAGUCUGUAACUAGUUGCAUUCUAAUUUAGCAGGUGAAUAUUCUUUACUUAUCGAUAUAUGAUGGGCUUUUUGCAAAUAGAAACCUUUAUCUGAGUCCCACGUCUUGCUCUUACUGAUGGGAUGUAUGCUUACAGCAGCUUACUGCUGCUUUAAAAUGUAUAAAAUGUUUUGAGUGUUUGCUCAUAACUCUUUUUAACCUCCACUUGUUAAAUUGUCAGACAUUGGUAUUUUAUCAGUCCGCAAUGUAAGUUUAAACUAAUGUUCUUAGGAAUCCAACUUGUACACACACUGUUUAAAAACCCUCAGGGACAGUUUACACACUAUCCUCACUCAAUUCAGGUACUUGUACUCUCUUCUUAAACCUAGCAGUGACUUGUAUUUUGUUUUGCUUUUCUUUUGACGUGCUGAUAGCACAUCCUUGAUGAAUGUCAACUUAAAACUCAGUUCAGGUAUCCAGGUAUAACUCAGCCAAACGGAUUUUAAAGCUGCAUAUUUACUCUCCAGCACACAGUGCCUCAGACACUUAUAGUGGCAUUCUGUAUAUUCAGUUAUUACUACUGAGCAGAUCGCGUGGGGGUUCCUGGUAUGUAUUGUAAGAAAUUCCUAUGUAUAUUAUAUAAUAUGUAUUAUAUUAUAUACAUAUAUAGUAUAUAUGUUAUCUUAAACUUAUAUAUUUUAAAAUGCCACUACUAGCCAGCGCAGCUAAAAAUGAAAUACAUUCCCAGUUGCUUCUGUGAACAGCAGAGGCAGCUUCUUAACGUGGCUCUUGCUUCUCUCUCACCAUAACUACUUCUAACCUCAAGCACGGGUCCUUGGCUGUCUGACCUCUACACUCUAGUUAUGCAAUGUCCUUAGAGAAUUCUGUGCACUGGCCACUGUGAUGGAAACCAAUGGGCCGGGAGUGCUUUGAGUUUAUUAGUAAUUGUUCUGCCAAAGUUGGUGUUUGUAUGACAAGCGUGUAAACCUGUCAGAUAAUCAGCAGAGGUCCAGGUUGUCCAUAAUUACUUCCACCUCCUGGGUAGGACCAGAGCUCACGAGGUGCCUCCUUUCUAAGAUGAGCGCUAUUCACCGAACACCUGCAGUGCCAGGCCUCUGUGCUGCGCUCACCUGGAGGCCAAGCCUGAAACUAAAAUCUGCUGUUCUGCCUUCAUGGUGAUCUGUUGGCAGUUGCAAGUCAGCAACACCUCUGCUAUAUUAUUUGACACUUUACAUCUAAAAAGUCUUCUCUUUCUAUUUAUGUAACCCAUAGUCUUUGAAGAGUAUGGAAAAUGGCAUUUCUCUCUGACCUCUAGAAGUUCAAGUGUCAUGGGAAAAAAAAACAGGAACCCCCCCUUUACUCUUAUGGACCUCAUUUCAAUAUACUGUUUACAGUUUGACGGAAUUGUAUAAUUUAAUAUUUCUCUUGUACUGUAGUUUAUAUUUAUUUACAGAUUUUUUUUGUACUGUGUGAUUUGAAUUUUUUGUUCCUUGCUAUGAUCAAUGUUUUAUGUAGUAGAGCACUUAUGAUCACAAAUUAAGGUUUUUGGUUUGAUUGCACUACAUUAAUUUUUUUAAUGCAGUUCUGAUUUUUUGACUGGACUAAAUAAGCUGUGUCUUAAUGUAUGUGAUAAGUACUUUUAAAUUUUUAUUUCAUGUGGUCCAUUUAUUUUUUGCAUUGUAUGUCAAAGCGCUAAUUCUCUUGUUGUGCAUGUGUAAGAUUUAAUGGCUCCAUUGUAUUAUUUGACCAUGUCAUUUUGGAAACACAUUCCCAGCUGUAACGUUGUGUAUGGUAGUUUUCACUGGAUGCUAGACUUUUCAAAACCACUAUUCUUCUAAUAAAUUUUGUUGUGAAAAACUUC